AUGGGUGCCGAGGUCGAUGAAUCGACCAGUCUCCUGCCCGGUGAGGGUCUGGAGAGCUUCUCCCUGAACAGCCCCCAAUGGCGCGACCUCCUCUACAAGAUCGUGGUCGUGGUGCUGCUGGUGGCCUGCGGCUCCGGCAUGACCCUCCUGCUCAAGGUGCAGGAUGAGACCUGCGUGGAGAACUGCCACAUCACCGACGGCAGCGAGUCCCAGGGCAACAGCUUCCACGGCUGGUUCUCCGAGGCGGCCGUGGUGGCCGUCGCCCCGGCCACCGCCGAGUACAAGCAGUACGAGGCUUCGGUGUCGGCCGCGGCCGCCGCGGCCGCCGUCCACCCGGCCUACAUGCCGCAGAUGGUCCGCGUCCGCCCGACCGUCGUCUACAGCGAUGAGGCCGCCCGCGCGUCCAUCAGCAAGAGCAUCUACACCCAGGUCGCGUCGUCUGGCGCCCGCCGGAUCGUGGUCGUGGUGCUGCUGGUGGCCUGCGGCUCCGGCAUGACCCUCCUGCUCAAGGUGCAGGAUGAGACCUGCGUGGAGAACUGCCACAUCACCGACGGCAGCGAGUCCCAGGGCAACAGCUUCCACGGCUGGUUCUCCGAGGCGGCCGUGGUGGCCGUCGCCCCGGCCACCGCCGAGUACAAGCAGUACGAGGCUUCGGUGUCGGCCGCGGCCGCCGCGGCCGCCGUCCACCCGGCCUACAUGCCGCAGAUGGUCCGCGUCCGCCCGACCGUCGUCUACAGCGAUGAGGCCGCCCGCGCGUCCAUCAGCAAGAGCAUCUACACCCAGGUCGCGUCGUCUGGCGCCCGCCGGGUCUCCGUCCACGGCUCGGUCGCUGCCAUGGCCGCCGCCUCCGGGUCUGCCUCGGCCCCCGGCUCUGGCUCGGCCCCCGGCUCUGGCUCCACCCCCGGCUCCACCCCCGGCUCUGGCUCGGCCCCCGGCUCCACCCCCGGCUCCGGCUCCACCCCCGGCUCCGGCUCCGGCUCCACCCCGGAGGACUUGACCCCGGUGCACUUCCACCAGCCCUUCAUCCAGCUCUUCCAGAUGGGCCUCGGCCAGCUGUCCUGCGUGUUCUUCCUGCGGUUCUUCCGCCACCGCCCGCGCGAGGGCGAGCGCUACCGGCCGCCUCCCCCGAUGGCCGACAUCAUCCCCUCGGCCGUGGCGGCCUCCCUGUUCGAUGUGUUCGCCGAGCUGUUCAUCAUCUUCGCCCUGACCCUGGCGGCCGCCUCGACCACCGAAAUGAUGAAGGGUACCCUGGUGGUCUUCUGCGGGCUCUUCUCCAUGUACUUCUUCCAGGGCUUCCGGCUGAACAACCGCCAGUGGAUCUCGACCGUGGUCAUGCUGACCGGUGCCUCGGUGGUCAUCAUGCGCCAGUACAUCUUCGCCAGUGCCGAUUCCAAUGCCCUGGAGGAGGUGAUCGGCGCGCUGCUGGCCCUGCUGUCGCAGCUUUGCUACGCCGGGCAGUUCAUCGUCGAGGAGCGCCUGGUGGACAUCUCCACCCUGCGCGGGCAGCAUGUCAACAAGGGGUUCAUCGUCUUCUGGGAGGGUGUCGUGUCCAUGCUCAUGGCCACCACCCUGCAGAUCAUCUGGUGCCUGGUGCCCUUCGGCCCGACCUGGGGCCAGUUCGGCGACGAGGUCAAGCGGUACUUCUCCAUCCCCCGGCUCUGGGCGUCGGGUAUCGGCCUGUCGCUGGCCGUCGGCGGGUAUGACCUGUUCGGGCUGCAGGCCUCCGAGUCGCUGGGGUCCGAUCGUCGUGCGGUGCUGACCGCCUCCUUCCAGGUGGUGGUUGUCUGGUCCAUUUCCCUGAUGACCGGCAUGGAGCGCCUCGUCUGGCCGGAGGACCUGCUGGCGGUGGCCGGGUUCGUGACCAUCCUCUGCUCCGGCCUGGCCUACACCUGGACCUCGGAUGCCAAGAGCGCCCCGCGUGUCAUCAGCGGCGUCACCUGCGAGAACAGCAUGAAUGCCCCGGAUGCCGAGGGCAAUGGCGAUGCCGCCACGGGUGGCAGUGGCUCCGGCUCCGGCGGUGCCGGUGGCAACAACGCCGACGACCUGGAGGCCGGCCCGGCUGCCGGUGCGGCCCUGCUCCAGAGCGCCCCGACCAAUGCCUCGGAGGAGGCGGCCCAGCUGCGCGCGGCCCUCGACGCCUCGGCCCUGGCCGGUGCCAGCCCCUACUCCGGCGACCCGAAUGCCGCCGCCCCGGGCGCCGGCGCCUACUCCGGUGCCGACGAGCAUGACAUGUACAAGGUGGCCGAUGAGUCCGAGCCGCUGGUCUACUCGUCGGAGACCGCCGACCCGUACUACAUGUCCGGCGAUGGGUCGACCGCCGCCGGUGGCCUGUCCAGCACUUCGCUGGCUGGCGGCAGCGGCUACGGCGCCAUCAACUGA